AUGUCGUUUCUAUAUACAACGCACGACUUUGUAUGGAUCAUCACGCCCGAAUUGAAAGCCAGUGACGAGUUAAAGUUAGCACGUGAUGGAGAAUACGGCUUCGUUCUGUUGCAGGAGUUCCAGCGUGCCGACUCAGUAAAUUCUAUGUGUCUGCCACUCAAAGAGCGUCAGCAUCUGGGGGAGAUGGAGCGCAUCAACAAUUCUAUUCACGACGUGGAGAAUGCUGUACAAUUACAUGAGACCGUGAAGGUUUUGAAGCAAAAGCGUAUGCAUAAUCAAGAGUAUCACGAGCGCGUGCCAAAUGAGGACGAAGGAAGACUCACCAUUCGCCAGCAUAAGGCACCCAAGCGCGAAUUUGAAAGUCGAAGAAAGAAAUGUAUUCGAAUGCGCCGCGUUCAUCAACCUAAGUAA